GUUCGUUGGUCCAAUCGGGUGAAGCGUGUGAGGCUCAGGAAAGAAGCCGAUGAUAUGGCAGCUUCGGGGGUGACCAGGUGGAACUCGCUUUGUUCACGCGACCAAAACACGAACACGCUGUGAGUGAGCGACGGUGUCCGCGCUGCUGCUGCUGUUCCCGCUCGAAAUGAUUUACCUCAUUCUCGUUUCCGUGUUCUCCGGAGCUGCCGUGACGUUGUUAUUACAGUUCCUGCUCAUUUACCGGAGGAGCCCGGAGCCUGUCGGCAGGACGGUGCAGUACGUCAAAGUAGUGCCUGAAAACACGCUGAAGGAUUACUUUAACAGUCAGCAUGUCGAUGCUGGACAGCAGCAGCUACAGCUGGAGAGCGCAGCAGCAGCAGCAGCAAAGCCGCAUGAGGCGGCCUCAGCGCGGCAGCAGCAGCAGCAGCAGGAGGCGGCGGCUGUCAGCGGCGGCAGCCCCAAACAAGCGCCGCCACCUCCUCCUCCUCCUUACAGCGACUCCAGUGAUGCGACCAAACCCGAAACGUGCAAUUUCCUCAACGCUAUAUUCCUCUUCCUGUUCAGAGAGCUGCGGGACACUCCUGUGGUCAGACACUGGCUCACCAAGAAGAUAAAGGUGGAGUUUGAGGAGCUGCUGCAGACCAAGACCGCAGGUCGCCUCCUGGAGGGACUGAGCCUCCGGGACAUUUCCUUGGGAAACUCUCUGCCCGUGUUCAAAAGCGCCACGCUGAUGAAGCCGGUGCACGUGAACGAGGACGGCAUGCCCGAGGAGCUCAACUUCGAAGUGGACAUCGAGUACAAUGGCGGCUUCCACCUCGCCAUCGACGUGGAGCUGGUGUUCGGCAAGUCCGCUUACCUGUUCGUGAAGAUGCGGCGCGUGGUGGGCAGACUAAGGCUGCAGUUCACGCGCAUGCCCUUCUCCCACUGGUCCUUCUCCUUCCUGGACGACCCACUGGUGGACUUUGAGGUGAAGUCUCAGUUUGAAGGCAGACCGCUGCCACAGCUCACUUCCAUUAUAGUCAACCAGCUGAAGCGGGUCAUCAAGAAGAAACACACCUUACCCAACUAUAAGAUCAGAUAUAAGCCCUUCUUCCCGUUCCAAGUGCAGCCACCCCUGGGCUCGUCGUGUGACGUGGACCUGUCGGUGCAGGAGAGCAGGCUGGUGGAGGGCCAACUCAGAGUCACACUCAUUGAAUGUAGCAGAUUGUUCAUCCUCGGCUCCUACGACAGAGAAACUUGUGUUCACUGCACGCUGGAGCUGAGCAGCCACCAGUGGAAGGAGAAGACGCGCUCCUCCAUCAAAAAGACAGAGGUUAUCAAGGGGCCAUGUGGCAGCGUGGGAAUGACCUUCAGGCAUGUUCCUGCCACUGAGGGGGAUGCUGUGCACGUCAGCAUCGAGACGGUCAUGCCUAACUCCCCUGCAGCGCUGGCAGAUCUGCAGAGAGGUGAUCGCCUCAUUGAUAUUGGAGGUGUUAAAGUGACAUCCUCAGUUCAAGUGCCCAAACUGUUGAAGCAGGCCGGAGACAGGGUGGUGGUGCGAUAUGAGCGACCAGUCCGUCACCAGACUUCUUCUUUAGGAAGCUUGGGAACUCACCAGGAAGGCUUUGGACAGCUGGAAGAAACCGGGUUUGUCCCACAGCCAGGUGGCUAUGAGGAAGACCCAGCCCCAAUCACCACCCUUUCUGAUAUAUCUGACAGCAAAGACAUGGACUCUGAGUUUGAAGAGUUGGUUGUGGACUCCAAACCAAGCCAGACUGUUGGCCCUAACAACAGUACCACAAAUACCAGUGAAACAAAGGACGAUUUGUUACUUACAGUUAACCAAAGCCCCAAAAGGACUGUGGCCAACUUGGCCUCCAAGCCCCUUGGUACCAUAUCACCCAUUCUUAACCGCAAGUUAAACCUGGUGGGUCUCCAGUCACCACUAAAGCCUCAGCCCAAAGAAUCACCAAAGCCCUCAGCACAUAAGACUGGUAGUGAUCCAGGGGAGGGUCUGCAGCGCCCCACUGUUCCUCCUCCGCCCCCUCCCUCUCGCCCCCCAGUGCCGCCAAGACCUCAGAUACGGUUGACUUCAGCCUCCUCAGAAACCAGUCUUUUGGAAGGUCUUGAUUCUGUUACUAGUACCAGUGCUACUAUUACUUCUGUUAUGACAACCACCACCAGUUGUUCUGAAAAAUCUCCAGAAAAGGCUCCUCUUAUUGGUGCCAAUGAGGACAAGGCUGGCCCUGAGAAGAUGUUUGUCAAACAGGCAGAGGCAAAGCAGACUACCAAGCUCACUGAGUCCAGUGAUGAGCUGCCAGUCCCUUCAACUGCACCCAGUAGUACCAAGGCUGAUCAAGCAAAGGACAAAGCUUCAGAGAACUUGUGCAGCACACGGGACAGUCUAGAGGACCACACCAUCUGGGAAUCCCCAGAAACUAUGUUUCGCAACCAGACAGCUCAAUGGGGCAAAGCCUCUAUGGUGUUUGAUGUUGAGAGCAACCACAAGUACCUUAAUGUGGCCCUGUGGUGCAAAGAUCCCUUUAAGCUGGGUAGUUUGCUGUGCCUGGGUCAUGUGAGCCUCCAGCUGGAACAUGUAGCCCUGGAAUGUAUGGCUACAUCUUCAGCAGAGUACCAGAGCACCUUUAGGCUGGGUCCUCCAGAACCCAAAGCCAAUGUCAGCCGCACUGCACUACGCAGUCUCAGCACUCACAAGGGUUUCAAUGAGAAGCUGUGUUAUGGGGACAUUACUCUGAACUUCUGCUACUUGGCCGAGGUUGACUCUGAGUGUCCAGUCGGGCUGGUUGAAAGGGAGCAAGAGCGGAGUCUACAUGAUGAAGAUCUAAAGGAGAGGGAAAGGGAGCAAAUCCCUUCAGCAGCACGCGAUGACUUGACCUACGGCGCCAUACAGUUGGUGGAGGUUCGCCACAACUUCCAAGACACACAGUUCCAGAACCCCACCUGGUGUGAAUACUGCAAGAAGAAAGUUUGGACCAAGGCAGCCUCUCAGUGUAUGGUAUGCGCCUAUGUUUGCCACAAGAAGUGCCAGGACAAAUGCCUCUCUGAGAGUCCCUUCUGUUUGGCAGCAACUGAACGUCGUGGAGCUGACCCUGAAGCCAAAUCCACCAUUAACCGAGCUACCACUGGCCUAACACGCCAUAUCAUCAACACCAGCUCCCGCCUGCUUAACCUCCGCCAGGUACCCAAGACUAGGCUAGUUGAGCAGGUGGUAGAUGUGCCUGGAACGGUGGAACCCUCACCCAAGCAUACACCCAACACUUCAGACAAUGAGAGCAGCGACACUGAGACCUACACCAGCGGCGCAAGCCCCUCAAAACAGCCCGUCAGUAGUGGUGGCAGCAGUAAACUGGUACGCAAGGAAGGUGGGUUGGAUGACAGCGUGUUCAUUGCUGUGAAGGAGAUUGGGCGUGACCUGUACAGGGGUCUGCCCACAGACGAGCGCUCUCAGAAGCUCGAAUUGAUGCUGGAUAAACUGCAGCAGGAAAUCGACCAGGAGCUCGAGCAUAAUAACGCCCUUCUGCUGGAGGAAAGGGAGGCCACCGAUGCCCGGCGCAAGGCCCUAAUCAGUACUGCCUUGGCCAAAUCUGGCGAGAGGCUGCAGGCCCUCACUUUGCUAAUGAUCCACUACAGGGCAGGUAUUGAGGACCUGGAGUCGGUGGAGAGCACCUCUCCUUCAGAGCAGCAAGGCUUUAAAGGAAAAGGAGAAGGCCUGGAGGACGAGGCUCUGAUGGGUACUGAGGUCUAUGACAGUGACAUCUGCAGUCCUGGGGAGCCGCCACUGCUGGAUGACAUCAGUGAAGAACAGAUCUGUGUGGAGGCUCUCCACUAAAGACGACUGUACGAAAAAAACAAGGACAAGGACUGUGCCCACGUUGUGUUCUUUGAGAGACGGCCAUUUUAAAUGUUGGGGGUUGUUGAGACUCCAGUGUUUGAUUUGAGACGUGAGUUAAAGUCAUGUUCAUUUUUGAUGCGUUUCUGUGUUUUUAAAGGGAAAUGUAAAAACUGUACUCUUACUGCACAUCUGUCCAGUUUUGUUUCCCCGUGGCUUCUAAAGGUCAUUGUGAGCGUUUCUGUCUGUAACUGCUUUGACACAUGGACUUUUCAGCAUGUGCAGACUUUUGUCAUCUGCUCGUCCGAAUCGUCUUCAUUUUGGAUAACGAGUCAAUAUGAAGGUCAUUAGAGUCACUUAGCAUACGCACAGCAGGUUCACACAUGCACCUCAUGUUUAAGCAUCACUCACACACAUCUUUUUGCUUUAAUAUAUUUAGAUUUUCACACUCAUUUGGUAUUUCAGGAUAAUUAUCUGUGGAACCUGAUGUAAAUUUGCCUCUUUGUAUUCGUCCGGCCAAACAUAACGGUGAAAACCGUGGUUUCCGUCCUGUGUUCUUUUCCUUUUUUAAAUGAUGUUACUGUGAGUUACGUUCCCUUUACGACCACACUGAACAUGUAAGAAUCGGCGAAGGCUAAUAACUUGUGAGUGAAGAGUGAGAAGGCACGUGAUUCACUCUGAUUGAUUUUUAUUUUAUUGUUAAUGAGGAGCUCUCACGACGUUACUCAAGCAUUUAUUUAUUUGAUCGCUUUAAUGUGUGUUUUUCUUUGGAUUUGUGGACAAAUUUUGGGCUUGAGGACAUUUUUGAUGGGUCAUCACAAUCUCAAAGGUGUGGUUGAGGGUAAACACAAUUUCAGUCAAUUUUGGAUCAGAGUGAGGCUACUGGUCCUGAGUGUCCUCAGAGCUGUGAUGUUAUUAUGCCUCUGUCAAAUGUUUUCAUACCCAAAUGAAUGUAAGUUGAGUUCGAUCUGUGUUUUGUGUACAUAAUGUGUUUGGCACCACAUUCACUGGUUUCCUUACAUCAAGCAUCUAUGUAGCCUGAUUCUGUUGUGACUAUCUACUGCUCCCACAAUGCUUUGCUGUUCAUCCCUCUUUUAGAAAUCAAAUGCUUGUCAAACAGGUGUAUCUUGCGUUUGUGUAGCUCGUGGGAAAAGAACAUUGAAAUUGCUAAA